UUCGGAGCGCACGCCGGCUGGCAGUCGAGCGCCCGGCGUCCUGGGAACGCGUGGUAACCGAGCUCUCGCGUGCUCAGCCGUGCUGCGUGGGUGUCGUGGUCGGUCGACGCCAGCGGUCAGGGAGUGUACCUCAAUUCGUUCGGGGGAAUCAGAAGGCUGAACAAUCUACUACCGGGACCAUCGUGCCACUUAGCACACUGUGAAGUCGUAAAAACUCAAGAAAGUGACCGACGAGCGGACAGUGACGGAAUAGCGUGCCUGUGCUCGAACAAACUCGUGCCUCUGUGUGUGGGCUCGCUCGCGCUCGGCCGCACCUCUGGACAAUGUGAGAGGUCGGUGUGAGAACCUGCCGACUUGUGGCCUGUCACGUGGGACGUCAAAUCAAAACGCGAGAACGACCGCCGCCGGAGAUGGGGAGGUUUUCGAAGAGCCGCUCUGACGUAGAGGAGCAGAAGAAGCCGCUGCCGUCGUGGUCGCGCUCCUCCACGUCGUCGACAUCGACGGCACCGUCGGACAUCACGUUUACGCGCGAGCGCGGCUGCUCCAAGCUGACCGUGUUCUGCGCCGUCUUCUCGGUCCUUAUGGUCGGGCUCGGCUCGGCGGCUGGCAUCUACUUCGGCUUUCUGUCGGACCAGCUGCGCUCGCUUCGGGUCGAUGACCUGCGGGUGUUUCGGGGUCAGCUGCGCCUUACCUCGGGUGACAGCUACUCCCGCGAGCUGGCCGAUCCGAGCACGGCCGAGUACGUCCGCAAGGCCGGCUUCUACCGCACCAAGCUGGACAGCAUCUUCAAGCACUCCAUCUACAAGUCAGCGUUCGUCGGCACGGAAAUCCUCGGCUUGGAUGGCCACCCGGAGGAGGACCUGAUCGUGCACUUCAACCUGCGCGUGGACACGCGGAAGAUCCCGGUGGACGCCGGCGACCUGUACAUCAUACUGGCCGAGGAGCUGCGCGCCGGCACCGUGCUGAACCAGUACGAGAUCGACCACGACAGCCUGCAAAUCCAGGAGCGCACAAACGUUAUGGAGUCGCUGCCACCGGACUUGGACCCGUUGGUUGACCUUCAGACGACCCCGCGGUCAACAGAGGUCACCGAGGUCACGCUGAGGCCACGGCAAUGCGAGCCGUUGGAAGUGACCUUUUGCUCCCACAUGCCGUACAACAUGACGUCAUAUCCCAACGUUCUGGGCCACGUGGACCUACGAGAGAUCAACGAGCACCUGAUCUCCUUCAGGGAGGUGGUGGACUCGGAGUGUUUCCGGCUGGCGCACGACUUCGUGUGCCAGCUGCUGCAGCCCGCCUGCAUGGAGGACCAGAUGGUGCUGCCCUGUCGUGACUUCUGCCACGACUUCUACUCACGCUGCAACCCGCGUCUACCCGAAAAGUUCGUCGACAGGAUCCUGUGCGACAAGUUCCCGGCCCACGGAGACCAGCAGUGCCUCUCUCGGCCAGGCUGCGUGCGGGACCUGGAGCUGGCCGGACACGGCGCCCGCGUGUGUGACGGCACGCCCGACUGCACCGACGGCGCCGACGAGGCGGUGUGCCCCCAGUGUCCGCCGGGCCUGACGCGCUGCGACGGCGAGCGCAGCUGUGUGCCGUCGGCCGCCCUCUGUGACGGCCACGCCGACUGUGAACAGGCCGGCGACGAGAGAGGAUGCCUGGGCCUGGACGCCCGGCAGACGGAGUCCGACUCAGCGGCGGUGGAGGGCUUCCUGACGUACAACGGGUGGGGACGGCGCCACCACAUCUGCGCCGGCGAGGAGGGCCAGGACGGCCCGGAGGAGGGCGCACCGCUCGGCAACCUCAGCUCGGCCUGCGCCCUGCUGUCGUACAGGAACACAGAGCUGGUGGAGUCCCGUCUGGUCGCCGGCGACGCCAGCCCCAACGCGACCGAGUUUGUCCAGCUGCAGGGCCUGUCGGAGGCCGCCAGCACCUUCCAGCCGUCGCAGUGCGCCUCAGGCGGGGCCGUCUACGUCCGCUGCUCCGAGCUGGCGUGCGGGGUGGCGCCGCACCAGACAGCGCUGCUGGCCGAGCGGCCAGCGCGCGCCACGGCCGCCGACUUCCCCUGGCACGCGCGCCUGUUGCGUGACGGCCAGCACCUGUGCGACGCCACGCUCGUGCACAACCAGUGGCUGGUGUCGUCGGCCGCCUGCUUCGAGGGUCGGCCACGCACGCGGUGGCGCGCCGAGUUUGGAUCGCCGCGCAUCGGCAGCGAGCCGCCCUACCGGCAGGCGCGCCGCAUCACGGGUAUGGUGCGGUCGCCGCUGGGUGGCAGCACCAUCACCCUGCUGCGGUUAGCCACGCCCACCGAGGACUCGGACCAGGUCCGGCCUAUUUGUGUGGAUGGCGAGGAGCCGGGGAAGGGUGACAUCACCGACUGUUACACCAUCGGCUGGAACCGAACAGACGCUAACAUGCGGUACGUGCCGCUGAGCGUGUCACAGGACAGCGUCUGCCUGAACGGCACGGCCGGCACGAACUCGUCCAUGUGCGCCAGGCCACGGGCGCCCGACGCCCUCUGCGAGGGUACGGAGGUGACGGGAGCGCCGCUGGUGUGUCGUGCCGGCGGCCCGGCCGGCGCCUGGCGUCUGGUCGGCGUGGCGGUGCGCGAGCACUGCCCCCUGGCGGGACCCGACGGGCGGCGCGCCUUCGACGCCGUGGCCGCCAACGACGCCUGGAUGCGCACCAGCAUGGCGACGUUCGUGGAGGCGCCACCCGCGCCCGCCCCGGCGCCGGCCUCCGCCUGAGGGACCGAGGACAGUGCCGGCCGACGCCGAAGGACGCCGUGUGCAGUGGACACGUGGUGCGCGGCGGUGACGCGCAUGCGCACCUGAUGGAUGCCCGUUGGUGCCCGGCUGGUGUUGUGGGGACCGGGGCGUCGCGCGACUGCGGCCAAUCAUUGUUGUUACUAGCCAUACUCAGUGCGUAUCGUGAUCGUGUGAACUGUAAUUCGUCCGCUCUAUUUAUUAUUGAUGACAAUACAUCUACGAGUACAGAUA